AUGUAGCUACCAGAGCAAGGGAAGGACAUGACGAUUCAAAAUGGCGAAGGACCUGGACGAGCUCUUGGAUGAGGUCGAGUCCAAGUUUUGCAGACCAGACCCACUGAGACUGGGUAUGGUCGAACGGCCCAGAGGCGGAGGCGGUGGCGGUGGCAUCCUCAGCAACGACCGGAACCGAACCGAGGCGAAAGAGAAUCUCAGAUCAACAGAAACAUUUAAAAAAGAACAUGAUCUUGACAGUCUUAUUAACGAAAUAUUUGAAGAGCCCAACUUUGACAAAAAAUGCUUUAAAUUAAAAUCUAAAUCUUCAGGUAACACAUCUGUCAGAGCUUCCACUCAAGGCCCUGGUAAGAGCUGCAGCCCAGUAUACCUUGGUGGAAGCGCUGUUCCACGUGGGGUUGGGACAAAUACUUCACAGAGAAAGAAAUUUUGGUUCCAGAAUGGAAAAUGGAUUGGAAGUUGGAGGGACAAGACAGGAGAGAACACAGGGAGACCAGUCAACAGGCAAGCGUGUGACCAUCUGCGUUGUAUAGCCUGUGAUUUCUGGGUAGUAAGCUACGAUGACUAUGGGUGGGACAAAUCAUGUGAUUACCUGUUUCUCAGGAACAAUAUGCCAGAAUUCCACAAAUUAAAAACAAAGUUGGUAAAGAAGAAAGGAACACGGGCAUACGCCUGCCAGUGCAGCUGGAGAACCAUUGAAGAACUGACUGACCUUCAGACGGAUCAUCACCUUCGCUGGGUUUGCGGUAAACACUAAGAAUGCAGACUUUCCACAUUCAGACAAAUGCAUCCAUGAGAACAGUCUCUGUUAAUUGUCACAAUAUUUAGGUAAAGGUACAUAGUAUCAUGCCCUUUGGAAAAGACAGGAAAUUUCAUUUAAUGGCUUUACAAAUUUUCAAAGACCAAAUGGACUUGGGAAGAUAAUGUGCUUUAACAUUUUGGAACUAUUCCUUUUUGAUAUAUGGACAUUUCACUUAGUAAGUAAGGUAACAAGUUAUCCAAAUACUCCUUUGCUAGCCUGUCCCCUGUUAAAUAGAAAUUUCAUUGUGGAGUUUCAUACAAAUAUAUAGCCUUUCAGUAGCAACUGCAGUACUACUGACUGCUAAUAUACUUAGCGUAAACAUUCCUCGUUAUAGCAGUUAAAAGGGAUAAAGCUGGCCCUGCAGAGAGGUCACUGAGGGGUGUACACAUCACCUCUUCCAGUCAGACCUGUUGUUAGCAAAGAUCAUAAUUUAGACAUGUCAGAAACCAUGUGAUCAGUGGCUAAUUGAAGGGUUUUCGGGAGUAUAGGUAUAUUGUAGGUGAAAACACUGCCUGUAUCUGAUCUAACUUCACCAAUUCAAAGCAGUACUAUGCACAGUAGUAAGUAUAUGUUACCAGUUUUAGCUUAUUUCUCCUCCUUUUGUUCAUUUAGAUAUCAGAAGUUAUUUAGUUUGCUCUUUUAGCAAGUAUUCAUUUCUACAUAAAAGUGGGUUUUUUUGAUGCACUUAAAAGUACAAGGAAAAAUCCUAAUACAGACAGGUCAUUUUUGGAUUUUCCAAGUACCUUCUUGCCUUUAAUGCCCUAAAACUCCAUUGAGUAAAGAGAACAGCAAGUAAAAUAUUUUCUCAGGCAGCCUGUUGAUCUUUCUGGUAGGAUCAGGUUGACAUACUGUUUAUUGGUGAGUACAUGAAAAAAGAAAGCAUAGCUGAACCAACAGGAACCUGUUGGGCUCCUUCUUAAUAUGACUAAGACUUGAGGAGCCCUACAGUAGCAGCACAUUCAGAAUAUCGGUUACCUCAAAAUUACCAGCUCGCAGCCCCAUCAAGAGAUUCCAAUCUGCCAGAAGCUCUUUACCGCCUGUGUCUAAUAUAUUGUUCAAAUGCAUGACACAGGCUUGCUGAAAGGGAGGGACUGAAGCAAAGUUAUGAUCUGCGUACUUAUACUGAAUCUGUUCCAGCCAUUUUACUCAGGCAAAGAAAGAUCUGGUCAUUAAACUCCUUCUCCUAACCGUGACACAUUUGCAUAUGUGUAUCACUUGCUCCAGUCAGUCUAGUAUUCCAACAGGAUAAAUCUCAUUGUGGCAGAUACUCACAUUUUUUGUAUUAAGAAUAUGUUUACCAAUCUCAUCUUUCAAUAAAAAUUUUUUACCCCCUAAA